CUCCCCAAAUCACUUGGUGCUGGGCGGGAGGGCCGGGCCACGGGGCCUCAGACUGGGUGACCUCCUGAGUUUGAAGGGGGCCCUGGCCCACCCCGGGACAUUGUGGGGAGCAGAGCUGUCCUGGGUGCUCCCCUUAGGGAGGGAUCUGGUCAGUUACAUGUCAUAAUGACCAAAGACAAAUGGCUUUGAGUGUAGGUGGCUGCAUCUUGAGGCUGGGAGGGACCCCCUGGGGAUGGAGCACUUAUUGGGGAGUGCGUGCCCCCCCUCCCCCCCAUGCACGUCUAUCUUCCACAGUGUGGCACGGCCCCCACCUGGCACCCAGCAGCCCGAGGACAUAGAGGCUCUGUGGUACCCAGCUGCCAGUGCGGGUGGUGUCCCCAAGCUGGGACUUGCUGUCUUUGCAGCCGACACGGAGGCUUUCAACCUGCUCCUGGAGAUGAAGCUGAAGAGGCGGCGAGAGCGGCCCAACCUGCCACGCACAGUGACCGAGCUGGUGGCCGAGGAUGGGAGCAAGGUGUACGUGGUGGGCACAGCCCACUUCAGCGAUGACAGCAAGAAGGACGUUGUGAAGACAAUCCGUGCGGUGCAGCCCGACGUGGUGGUCGUGGAGCUGUGCCAGUACCGCGUGUCCAUGCUGAAGAUGGACGAACGCACGCUGCUGCGGGAGGCCAAGGAGAUCAGCCUGGAGAAGCUGCAGCAGGCCGUGAGGCAGAACGGGGUCAUGUCUGGCCUCAUGCAGAUGCUGCUACUGAAGGUGUCAGCCCACAUCACCGAGCAGCUGGGCAUGGCCCCAGGCGGCGAGUUCAGGGAGGCCUUCAAGGAGGCCAGCAAGGUGCCUUUCUGCAAGUUCCACCUGGGCGACCGGCCCAUCCCUGUCACCUUCAAGAGAGCCAUCGCCGCACUCUCCUUCUGGCAGAAGGUCAAGCUGGCCUGGGGCUUGUGCUUCCUGUCGGACCCUAUCAGCAAGGACGACGUGGAGCGCUGCAAACAGAAGGACCUGCUGGAGCAGAUGAUGGCGGAGAUGAUCGGCGAGUUCCCCGACCUGCACCGCACCAUCGUCUCGGAGCGCGACAUUUACCUGACCUACAUGCUGCGGCAGGCCGCCCGGCGCCUCGAGCUGCCGCGCUCCUCUGACGCCGAGCCCAGGAAGUGUGUCCCCUCCGUGGUGGUGGGCGUCGUGGGCAUGGGCCACGUCCCUGGCAUUGAGAAGAACUGGACCACCGACCUCAAUAUCCAGGAGAUCAUGACCGUCCCCCCACCGUCCAUCUCUGGCAGAGUGUCCCGGCUGGCUGUGAAGGUCGCCUUCUUGGGCCUGUUGGGUUACGGCCUCUACUGGAUGGGGCGCCGCACCGCUAGCCUGGUCAUGUCGCUGCCUGCCACCCAGUACUGCCUACAGAGGGCGUCCUCCGCCAGGCCACACAAGUAGGAAGGACACGGAGCCACCACAUCUAAGGGCCACGUGUGGCUGCUCCCAGAUAGCAGCUGAGGGGCGCGGGGCGGCCCCCAUGGGGAUCCAGGCCCGGUCUCGCCUGCCCUCCCCUAACUCACCCAAAUAAAGAAUUAUUUAACUGCUCUGAGCCCAGGCUUCCCAGCCCUCCCGGCCCCAGGGACCAUUCCUGGGGUCCAAGGGCAUCAGAGCGUCCGGAGGUGCACGCUGCCCCUCUGGCCCCCAGGUGGGGUGGCCCCCAGGUGGUGCAGCAUGGUAGGCCACAGCCAGCCACCCUCUCCCUCUCUGUGCCUUCCGGCAGGAGCACCCAGCCACAGCCGCUCACGGUUUGGGAGGGCCGGAGCGCCCCGCGGCCAAGCUUGGGGCCCCGGAUGUGUGCCAGCACUGCUCUGCCUGCAGAGAUUGUGGUUUUGGCUUUUAAAAAUAUUUGAAAUUUUUUACUCAGGUAAUUUUAACUUUAGCAAACUGAAGCAAAUGUCAGGAAAUACUAGCCUUAAAUCUGGUUGGACAUCUUGUCCUUGGGGUCUCGGUCCCAAGUGGGCAGGUUCAGCCUUGGCAGUGGGACCCCCUCCAGCUGUUCCCCCACCCUGCCUCCAGCCAGUGGGGGGUCAAGCCUGCUUCCUGUGCAUCUGGGGAGGGGACCCGGGGCUCGCCCCGACCCUCAGUGGGCAGAGGGCGUGUGUCUGCCAAACUGUCAGCCAGUUUGCAAGUGUGCCAGCAGGCGCCCACCACCCUCCUGUGCACACACUUUGGGGUGUUACAGACAGGAGCCCAGAGCCGGGCUGGCCCCACACAGCACUUGCGCGUCAGUCAGUCAGUGCCCAUGCGCAUUGUCAGUCGAUCUGGGCGUCUGUGUACAACGUGUCCGUGCAGCCUGUCUGGGCCACAUCUGCUUGUCUAUGUUGACUCGGUGUCUAACCAAAUCAGGUGAAACCCACGGCCAUGAGCUGGGCCGGGGGGCCUCGGGGCUGGACUGUGCCCUUCCUGUCAUUCAUGUACGUGUUCCUUAGAAACUGAAAUAAAAGCUAAUUUUGGAAA